GUGGUGCAGCCAUGGCAACCGGACGGUCCCUCUAAACACGGCGCAGCUCCUGCAGCGGGCUGUUCUUGUGGUUUAGCAUGCAGGGUUGGGGGGGGGGGGGGGCUUCUCUGGUAUGCAGCUCCCAGCAAGCAAGCAGCAAGCACAAAGCCGGUGCCAGCUCCCUAGCGCACACUGGACUCGAACACAGCUGGCUGGCUUAAGAAAGCAGAGGCUGGCCAGAGGGAAGGAGAGGCGGGCGGAGGGGAGCCGAAGGGAGGAGAGGUCAACAUCCUUGCUGAGAAGCGUUACUCAAACUCCAGCCGAGUUUUCCCCUCCUCCCUUCUCCUUCCCUCCUUUCUUUGCAUCCUGCACUUUUGAAGGGGUGUGACGCUUAGCAACUCCACCGCUGGAAAAUUGGCUUUUUCUGAAAUCCAGGCCGAGGCCUAGCUGGGCACUCUUAGACCUGUGCACUGCUGGGUAACUUUGGGUGACUGAGAAUCCCUUCUGAGGACUGGGAUCUUUGACAUUUCUAGUUUUUGUUUGUUCGCUCUGGUGGGUUCCCCCCCCCCCCCCUUGUUCCCUUUUGUUAUUUUCCUACUGCUUAAGAAUAUGGACUUUUGGGGCUGUUGAGGAGCCUGAGGAAACUUUUUGGUGGUAUUUUCUGGAGCGUUGGUGGUAUUUUCUGGAACGUUGAGUCCUGCUCAGAAAAGGACAGCUGGAAAGAACAGGAUGGGCCUAACGUCCCUCUCAGUUUGCGAGGAAUUACUGAGACAUCCUUCCUCUGCGUAGGAUCUAGCCUUUGAGCGAUGGGGUGACUGGAAACCCAGCCUGUGUCCUCCUCGGCUUCGAGUCCCACAAAACUAUAUCGGCCUGUGCUGUGGAGAUGGGCAUCCCAAUAUGGUCCCUCGCUGCCUAGACCCAAGAGCAUGGAGGGGAAUUUCUCUGCUGAGAGAAGAAGGGCCAUAAAGAGCAUUAAACAAUGUGUCAGAAAUAUUCCUAGACUUAAACAGCCCCCCGAGAGCCCUAAAGACAGUCACAGCGCUUCCAUCAAUGGCCCACCCUGGGUUCCAGUUCGGCUUUCAGGGGAUACAAGCAGGGGCGCUUCUGUUCUGGAGUCCAAGGUGAAAGCUUUGAAAGAGAAGAAGGGCGCCCUUAACAAGCAGAGCGAAGUGAUGCCCCAGGAACGGACUUCUCCUAAAAAGGCCAAGACCCGUAAGUUGAAGCCACUGACGGAGCCUGCCCCUCUGGAUGUGUUAGUGGAACCACAGUCUCAAAUCCGCACCUACUUAACAGAUGUUCUGCUGGACAGCAAUGACUUCCCAUGUCCUGGGCAGAAGGACAUUCAGGAGGGGAUGCUUUCAAGCUCAUAUGCCAAUGACUUUGCAGCUCUGAAGAGACCUCAAGCUGCAGGAGAAGCUGCAAGCAUUGCCUGGAGAUCACCCGAGGUGUUUCAGAGACUGCCUGGAAGGGACACUCUUGAAAAUAAGGUCUCUUCAGGAAAUGUGACAAGAAGAGUAUCCCAAAAUGGUCUGUGUGGAUCCAGUUCCUCAAAGGACCUUCCCUUCGACCAGGAACCUUUUGAGGAAGCAGAUGGUGAAGACGAUCUCCUAUUUCAGGCUGGGGAUUGUGGAAGCAGUCCUUUUCCAUACAGAAGUGACACCUGUGGAGUAGCAACAGCUGGGCGUCUUUGGAGAACCGAGAGCUGGGACAGCCUCGGCAGUGGUGGAAGCAAUGCAAGCAGCCUGUCGCUGGCCGAAAGAGUGGAGAAGAACCGGGCUGUUCUGCAGGCGAUGCUGAACACGUCAGCGCCUAAUAGCCAUCAUCCUUCACCGGAAACACACACCCUUCAUCGGCACAAGAAGGAGACCUCAGUCCUUGGCAAUGAGAGGCCCAGUAAUGAGAUCCUGCCAAAUGACAUGGACUGGGACUCUGGUGUGUCCUUGCAGGAUGCUGAAGGAUUCCGGGCCUUUGUUCCCAACCAGGAACUGGAGCUGAGCCCCAGGCAUGAGCAGGCCAAGCAACUACUGCAGAGAGCUCGCAUGAAGGCCCGGACGAAUCCCCUCCGAGCCAGCCAUAGCAUCUUGCCCGCUGCACCCCAGGAACGGAGGGAUGCCCGUGGGUUUGCUGUUGUGGACACAAGGAACUUUGCUUUGAAGGACGGAGACUCCCAUGCUAGUGGGAACCUCAGUGAUUCAUCUAGUGGGGAAUCCAGCUGCGGUCAGCAGAGGAAGCGGGGGCCGUCCCCAUCCCGAGUCCGUUUUGAAGAUGAAUCUGCACGGGACGCCGAGGUCCGCUACUUGGAACGCCUGCAGCAGCGUCAGAAACGGGUCUUAGAUUCAGUCCUCUUGUUUCUUGGGCAGGGCCCGCUUGCCUCCAAGCCAGACCUUUCAGAUUAUAUAAAUGGCGACCUACAGCGUAAGCAGAACGAAGAACAGAAUGGUAGCGGCAGGGGGCGCUCUGAGAAUGGGAAAACGCUCACAAUUAAUGAGGAAGGAAAAUGCAGUGCCUGCGGCUCUUACAUCGCCAGUGCAGCAGCCAAUCAGAACCCAGUUGCCAGAGUCCAUUCAGCUGGGAAUGCCAUGCCUCAAACCUCCAACAUCCCUCAAGGAAGCAAAAAUUUAACCCAAGCGAAUGAAAACAAAAAGCUCGGUACAUGCCAAGAGGACUCCCGAACAAGGCAUCUGGGUCCCAAAGGAACUCCAGUGUGGGUCCUUCCUUCUCGCCAGCAUGUUUACACAGAACGUAUCAGGGAGACUUAUAUUGGAGAGGUGACUUGCAUAGAUGAUGUGGACUCAGCUUUAGACAGCACCACUGACACAUCAGAUAGCUACAGGACGGACAGUGAAGAGGCUGGAACCAGCAGCUGCCGGCCAGUGGACAAAAAUGGCUGUCAUUGUAGUUCUGGUUCUGAUCUUAAGCUACCUUGUCCUUCAGAAAAGGGUAGGAAGGCUGAGCGGGAAAGGCACAGGGCGAAUGGUGUCUGCAGUACCAAUGGGGAGAAGAUCCGGGAUAAUGGGCCCAGCAUUAGUCAAGUGGAGAUCCAGUCAACUGCUAAUGAAACAUGCAAGUGUAACCCAAAGGGGGCUUUGCAAGCGAAAGAUCAGGUGACCAGGAGGACAGCCAAUGGGGUGGAAGCCGUUCCCAGAGUUGACCAGCAUGCAGAUGAGUUUCAACAGAUCAAAAAAGGCAAGGCCCAAGGAUACAUCAGGACAGCCAAAGUUCAGGUGAGGCAACCCACACCUGUCGUCUGCUCCCAGCAGGUGCCUUCCCGUUUAGUCCCAGGUGGCGGGACAGCUUCUGUGAAUGGGAAGUCAUUGGAAAGCUCCGAUCAUGCUCCUCAGCCAACCAACAACUUAAGCCAAACUGCACAGGUAACAGGCCCAUCACGGCAAUUAGCAAAGCAAACUGUUGUAGGCUACAACGUAGUGAACCGAGUACCUGCGCCCCCCAGCACUGGAAAAGCUCUCUCCUCCCCUUUGCCUUACAGGAGAGCUGUUUUGACAGGCAGCUACAAGCCCACCAUUCAGAGUCCUGGGCUCAUGAGCCAAGCCAAUAAAUUGCCAGUUAACUCAAUUUCCCCCAAACGUGUGCAGCAAAAAUGUGUCUCUGGCCUGCAGGAGCAAUGUGACUUGCAGCCAGCUACAAAUGUGCUUGCCAAGAGUCACCUGCUGGCCUUAUCUACCAAUAACUGCAAUAACACACAUGCAGAGUGUCAGCCGGAAGCCUCAGUGACUGCUGCAGAGGAAAACAGUGAGGAGUUUCUCCAGGACAGUUGGAUGCUGGACAACAACAAAGGUCUGUUAUCCUCAUCGUGUGGUGUUCCUUCUGUCAUUCCCGACACGACCAGUUCCGCCGCCAUCGCUCUUUCCCUGACAGCUGAGGAAGCUGACAGCACCAUCUCCGCUCAGACAUGUGGCAGGGAAGCUCCGAAGAUGGAGACACAGAAGACCAAGCCAGCGCGACCUAAUACAGUCCAAGGCAAACCCUUAGAAACCUAUCCGGAGCCAAAGAAGAAGCAGUUUGCCAAGAAAGGGAGCACCACCACCACUUCCUCCUCCUCCUCUUCCUCUUCCUCCACAUCAGGGCUAAAGAAAUUCUUCACCUCCUUGAGCCAGAGCACGAAGCAGCGGCUGGGCAGGUUCCGCUGCUACAGCAUGGAACAGAUCUCUGCCGCAGGGACAGACACUCGAGGGGCCCCCGAGGAACCAAGCAGAGGCACCACAAGCUCCCCCAAAAUGAAGAAAGCACCUUCUCUGCAGUCCCUACUUCUGGUGUCACCCUUCAACCAACCACGAAAAUCCUCCUCCGUUCAAAAUUUGCAUUCCCUGUUUGGCAAGACUGACCGGUCCAGCCUCUACCAGCUGGAGGAACCAAAGGAUGGAGCAUCGGUGCCUGAUAGGAAAGCGGGUACUCAUCCCAGGCGUUCCCUCAGCGUAGAAGACAUUGGCUCCCCCAACUUGGUGAGAACUGUUGGACGGGUGGUAGAGGUCUUCCCUGAUGGAACCAGCCAGCUAGAACUGCUGCGGUCCCCACAGGGUACCUUUGGAUUCCGUGUUGCCUCCGGAAACGGCCGCCCUGAUACAGGCAUCUACGUGCAGGAGAUGGCAGAUGCGAGCACAGCUAAACUCUACGCUGGGCUUCUGGGAGUCGGAGAUGAGAUCCUGGAGCUGAACGGUAUCAAGGUGGCUGGGCUGGGAUUGGCUCACAUCAACGAGCAGCUCUUGUGGGCAGACACCCUCUCAGUGCGAGUGUUGAGGCAGCGGCCCGUUCGGCGGUAGCAGAGUGUUGGAGAGAGCGCUUGCCAGCGUUUUUCCAGACGCCAGAGCUUCUUACUGCUCGUUUGUUGCAAAGGAGCCUGCCUGCCUGGGACUUGGAGCAGUGCCUAGCUCCUCUCUCUCUCCCUCCCUCUCUCUCUCUCUCUCUCUCACUCUCUCUCUCUCAAUGCCUUCCUGGUUUGGAUGUGGGUGGCAAUGAUGUAGCCCAGCCUAUGGGGUCUGCUGUAACACAAGCUGGCGUGUGCUAAAUAUUUAAUUUAUGUAAGGUUCUGGCAGACAACACGGAUCUUUCUGUCCAUGGCCAAGACAAUUAACAAGUGAUCGUUGGCACUGGUAGUCUUCUCCCGAACGUGUAGGACGAAGCAACAGGAAAAAAGUACGCAACAAACCUGGAUGGUUAGAUAUAGUUAUUGCCUCUCCCUGCUUUUCUCGUUUCCUUAAACUCUGAAAGGUGCUGGAUCAUCUGAAAUUUGCGUUCUGAGCAGCCAGAAACAUAUAGUGGGUUGAAACAAUUGAUAGAGACGUUCAAGGUACAGUUUGCUCUUGGUAACGAGUUUUGCUCCCUAACAAAUUACGUGUCCCCUAACACAUCUGUUUAGGUCAGGGGUGUCCAACCCUGGCAAUUCAGAUGUUCAUGGACUACAAUUCCCAUCAGGCCCUAUUUAGUACUUGGCCGAAUGGUAAACCCAGCAGGGGCUUAUCAAAUUAUAGUCCAUGAAGACAUCUGAAAGCAUCCAAGUUGGACAUCCCUGGUUUACUGUAAAUAGAAAGAAAAGUAUGAAUGUGUAUCUAAUAGGUAUUUUCUUCAAGAAGUUUUCAAGUGUUGAGAGGUUGUGUUGGUAACUGGUAACUGUAUCCCAUCAUUAAAAUAGGGUCUGGCCCCAAAUUGUGGUUUGUAGAUCCACUCUGACUCUCCCUCUGCACAAAUAUGGGACUUGUCUAAACUAUACAUUGCCUUGAAUACUGUGGCUUCCAACCAAGGAACCAUGUGAGUUGUGUCCUGUUAAGGAGCUGGAGACAGCAUUCUAGAACCUUUUAGUCCCUGUACAAAUCUACAAUUCCCGAGGUUCUAGGUAAUUCCUGAAGUCCUCAUGGACCUUCAACACCCUUGCAAAACUUUGUUAUUAUUAAAAAGCCAUAAAAGUUGAAUCCGGUUUCACAAGCUCCAUCCUCUCUGCUAUAGAAAUAAGUGAUGCAGCCCAGUAUGGCAAACAGCAGCCAUUUCUGUGCAGUGUUUCUUUCAGUGGUGUUCACUGUCUGGAAAGGGGAGAUAUUCCGUGUGAUGCCCCCAGCCCCCCACCCAGCCCCCCAGGCCAGAUCUGAGAGCCUGUGAGCCUUGUGAUUAUGGAUUAAACAUGCAUUCCUGAUGAAGGAUUAUAGUCACAUUUUGGGAAACUGCCUCUGGAUUCACUGAGCAGUUGUUUUGGCCUACAGUUCUAGACUAAAAGUUUAUCUGGCUCUCAUGUCUUCAUUCUCUUCUCUCCUCACCCUUUCAAACUUGUGACAAUGGCCUAGUUCUCACUGAGGUGCCUGGGCUGUGCCCUCUUCAAACUGCAGACAUAGAUUCCUUUGGUCAAAUACUUCUCCGUACAGAAGUGAUUUCCUGUAUGUAGAAAGCUAGCAUGUCAGGGAGAAGACCAGGCAGGAAGCCUUGUCUUUGACAAACUUCUUCUCAUUAUGAGGGCAAUUUUUGAACGGAAGAGCAUUCUGUUUCUUGCCUCUACGGAAGCUGUGUGGCUGGGGGGCCAGGUCUCCCAAGAUGGUCUCCUGGGUAUUCCGCCCCCCACCCCACCCCAUCCCCACUGGCACUUCAUAGGAUGGUAGAAGAAAAAAUGAGGGGGGAGCACCAAUAUAUGACACUACUUCUAAUGCCAAACCAGAAAUGACAUCAUCAUGCUGGAGGACGCUCUAGGAUUUGCCCAAAACUCUGUAGUUCAACCAUGAUUGAAUCUAGUUUUACAAACAGAAUGUUGUGUGUGUAAAGUGGAAUCAAGUGACAGCCAACUUAGGCAACCCCAGCGAGAGACUUCCAAGCCAAGAGCAGCCCCCCGUGCAAAAACAUCACUUCUGGUUUGGUGGAAGAAAUUCCGUCACAUGCUGGCAUGCCUCUUCCUGGACCCCAAUUCCUCCCGCUGCAGCCAGCAACCCUGUGUACACAUCUGACGCCCAUCUAUCUUGGUGAGAAUUGGACUUGAAUUUGCUGUCAGGGUGAAACGUGCUAUUGUUCUUUGUUGUGUUGCGCUUUGGAGAUAUUUUUUUUCUGAGUAGCCUCCAAGGCCCAGGAUCCUCCUCUGAGCCGGCUGUGAUGGAACAGUACAGUGUAUACAGCCUGGCCCCAUAGCGCUAGGGAGACCUCUCUAGCCUCGAUCACUGUGUUUUGCUGAUUAAAUUAUUUUUUGGACAAAAAAA